AUGGGUUUUCCUAUGCUGCUUUGCCUCCUGCUAUGCAGCUACUGUGCCGUUGCACUUGGAGGAUUCGUGGUGGUGCCGGGUAGCUCUUUCCAGCCACAAGCAGUGUGCUCCACUUCAAGAGUUACCUCCGAGCCUCGCCGCGCCUCCCUGCCGCUGGCGCACCGGCACGGACCGUGCGCGGCAUUGGGGUCACGGACCAGCGACAAGCCAUCUCUUGCAGAGAGGCUCCGGAUGGACCGCGCCCGCGCCAACUACAUCAUAAGCAAGGCUACCGGGCGCAUGACCACGCUCUCCGAAGGUGGCGCGAGCAUCCCCACGUACCUAGGGGACGCCGUGGACUCGCUGGAGUACGUCGUCACGCUGAGCAUCGGCACGCCGGCCGUCCAGCAGACCGUCCUCAUCGACACCGGCAGCGACCUGUCGUGGGUGCAGUGCAAGCCCUGCAACUCCACCCAGUGCUACCCGCAGAAGGACCCUCUGUUCGACCCGGCCAAGUCGUCGAGCUUCCGUCCCAUCCCCUGCGGCACCGCCGCGUGCAAGCAGCUCGUCGUCGAUGGCUACGACAACGGGUGCACCAACAGCACCGCCACCGGCGCCCCGUCCCUCUGCGGGUACGCCAUCGAGUACGGGAACGGCGCGAUCACCACGGGGGUGUACGGCACCGAGACGCUGACGAUCAACGCCGGCGUCUCCCUCAGCAAGUUCGGCUUCGGAUGCGGCAGCAACCAGCACGGCCCCUACGACAGGUUCGACGGCCUCCUCGGGCUCGGCGGCGCGCCCGAGUCGCUCGUGUCGCAGUACGGCGUCGCCUUCUCCUACUGCCUCCCGCCGACGAACAGCAGCGCCGGGUUCCUCACCCUCGCCCCGCCGCCCAACAACACGGCCGGUUUCGUGUUCACGCCCAUGUACCGCUACGCACCGGACAUCGCCACGUUCUACCUCGUCACGCUCACCGGCAUAAGCGUCGGCGGGAAGCCGCUCGACAUCGCGCCGUCGGUGCUCGCGGGGGGCUUGAUCAUCGACUCCGGCACGGUCAUCACGGGGCUCCCGAAGACGGCCUACGCCGCGCUGCGGAAAGCCUUCCGGAGCGCCAUGUCCCAGUACCCGCUCGUGCCGUCGUCGGACACCGGGCUGGAUACGUGCUACAACUUCACCGGCCACAGCGAGGUCGUCGUGCCCAAGGUCGCACUCACGUUCAACGGCAGCGCGACCAUCGAGCUCGACGUGCCAUCGGGGGUUCUGGUGGAAAGCUGCCUCGCAUUCAUCGCAGAGGGGCGCGACGGCGGCGUCGGGAUCAUCGGCAACGUGAAUCAGCGAACAUUCGAGGUGUUGUAUGAUUCUCGCCAGGGGACUGUCGGGUUCAGGGCUGGUGCCUGCUGA